CUAAAAUACCGUUCCAAAAUCGCGGUAUCGUAAUAGAGUCCCAUGCCCCAUCCCUAAAUUCUCUACAAUAAUCAAUAGUAGACUUUGUCUCUGUUUAAUAAGUUGAAUUAAAUCCUGAUAUUUUGUUUUUUUUAUUGAUCCCUACAAAUUAUGAUGCAUAUUAUCAUAUAUCAGUAAUUGGUUUUUAUUGUAAACUGCUAGCAAUUCUGCAGUUUCAUUUCCUUGUGUGAACUACGUGAUACUAUCAAAGUUGGUCGAUUAGUCCACAAUUCUUUAUAUCCUCCAUUCUUCACUAAUUAAAUUAAAAGCUGAUAUUUCUAUCAUGGCAUCGGCAAGUAGUGCUAGUGCCAAAACUCUUUUUGAUGAUUCUAAAUUGAGGUUAGCAGAUAGGGUUCAAAUGAAUUUGAAUAAUAUAUGUUCACUUGCUAGACAGAUAACAAGAGGAUCGAAGAGUAACGAAAUAUUGAUGCACUCAGCUAGGAACUUCGCAGUACACGAACAACAAAUGGAAAACAGUGAAAAAAAUCUAAAAAAAAUGCAAAUACUAGCGGUUCACUUAGGCUACCAACAAGAUUCUAUUGAAAAUUCCGCUCGACAAAUUGAAGAGGUCAAGGAACAAAUAUGUGCUAUGCACAGAUGAAAUGUGUUAUAAAAUGGAAAAACAUUUAAAUUGUGUUAUUUUGAAGUUAAAAUGUCUGUCCUUGGUUCUUUAAAUUUUAUUUUGUUGGUAAUAAAAUAAUUGGAAAACGCAAAAAGUCAAGUGAAUUAAUCAAAUAUUUGUAUAUGAACUUUAAAUCUGGUAUUUUAUAUCUACUUUGGUCCUUUUUAAAUAGGGUGAAAAGGUAAAUAUAAAUUUUUUCAUUUCAAACUUGGUUAGUAUUAAUUUAUUAAUUUAUUUUUUCAGAGAGAUAAAAAAAUGUUAUUUAAUUGUUU